GUUCUUUCUCUUUGGUUCAUUUCUGUUCGCUAUUUCCUUUGCGCCGAGUUUUUGCUUCUGCUUUUUGUGUUCGUAGAAUGAACAAUGUUAACGCGCAGGUCGCAAGAUCGAGCUUUCCAGACUCUGAACCAGAUGUCUCAUCUUGGAAACAGAAAAUAAGGACUUUCCCAGGCCUUUGGCGAAGGAAGGGAGCUAGCGGCACCCGAACCUGGAGGCCACCAGCCCUCCACCCGAUCACCCUCGUCUUCGCGAUCCUGUCUUGCUGGGCCCUCAUCAUUACUCUCCAGCUACUUCUUACACGAAGUCAACGUGAGAAUGGUAUCUUGUUCGCCCCGGAUAUCAAUGCACUGCCCCUCCAUAGCACGUUCUUGUACCAAUAUUUCCCUACUAUAUUGGCUGUUGUCUUCAGCAUCUUCUGGGCAUGGAUAGAUCUCGAGACGAAGCGUUUGGAGCCGUAUUAUCGGUUGGGCAGGAAAGAGGGUGCGUUGGGUAAAGAGAGUUUGUUGAUGCACUAUCCGUUUGAUUUCGUGCCAUUGGUGCCGCUGAGAGCGCUCAGAGAGAGACACUGGUCGGUCUUCUGGGCCUCAUUCGCGGUCGUCCUUGUAACAUGGGGCGUCGUUCCCGCUCAAGCCGGUCUCUUCACAGUUCAGAGAGUCGCCAGUACAUUUCCGACUUCUUUUGCGCGCUCAACGAGCUUCAUCCCGGCAGCCAAGCAACCAACGGCGCUGACUCUUCAAUUUGCGCAAUCUACCUACGGCAUUGUGUCGCUCAAUGAGACGCUACCAGCAUACAUGACACGCGAGUACACGCUCGCGCCAUUCAAACAGUCUUUAGGCACCGAUGCAGCAGAAGAACAGACCAACGCGACGUGGACGGCGCCCACAACAUUGUACAGCGUGGACAUGAAAUGCGCCCCUGCAAUACCUGCCCCGGAUGUCUUCAAAUCGGCGUACAACAGUAGCACCAGUGGAUGCACUUUUUCCCUGGGACUCACCGGCAACAUCACCAUUCGGCCUGACCCGAACUCGCCUCUUUUGUCGCCGAAGGCUUAUAUGGGGAUGUACGUCGGGAACCUGAACAACGGCUUCGCAGAUUACGACCUCGAGGGGUGUCCGAAAGACAGGACUCAUACUUUCUACGCAGCGUUUACGCGGAACAAAGCGCGAGAUCAAGAUCCACCACAGAAGGUAACGGCGAUAUUCUGCGAGCCAACAUACUACGCGCAGGACGUAAGUGCGACGGUCGACAUGCACACAAAAGCGCCUUUAAGUGUCACAUCUCUAGGUCCAAAACGUGGGGUCGCAGAAAACAUGUUCAACACCACGUGGCUGGAAGCUCAGAUGAACAGCGGGACGCCCGGCUUCGAAGUCAGAGGAGACCUGCUGCCGACUAAAGCACUGCCCGACUAUCUCGAACGAAUAGCAGAUACCGAGUUGAGCUUCGGCAGUGGGUCCGCGGGCGUGUCCAUCGUCCAGCCUAUGGUCGGCUUGGCGAUGGCUGCUGGCGAGCGGCCCCUGGAAGAUUACCUUGAUUGGGAGACGCUGGGCUCAUCAUAUGAGAAGGCCUAUCGUCUCCUGUUCGCGCGCGCGAUGGUGGAUGUUCUGGGCGACGAUUUCACGGCGUCAAAGCAGAUCGACGGUCAACGUGUCAUCACAACUCAGGCAGUGGUCCUUGAACCGGUGUUUACGUACCUGGUUGAGGGCCUUUUGGGAGUUGUAUCGAUAUCGGCUCUCGUGCUGCUGUUGUUGAGUGCUAGGAGGAUGACAACGCUGUGUUCGGACCCGAGUACGAUUGCUGGGGUCAUGUCGCUUGUAGCGGAUAACCAGGCGUUGCUUGCGGACUUUAAGGACUUGGACUGCUGUGCGAUUGAGGAGGUCCAAGAUGCUGUGCGGGAGAGAAGGUACAAGCUCGUUGGGGAUGAACAUCAGAUCGGUAUUGUCGAGGUGGAUUCUAUUAUUGACACUGAUCAGAAUCAGCUCGAGAGUUUGACGAGUUUGACGGGUCCGCGGCCGGGCUCCUCGAAAGAGAUCAGUAAGCCCGUGAGACCAGUCGAAUUCAGCUUAUGGAUGUCUAUGCCUUUUGUGGGCUUGUUCAUCGCCCUGGCCGUACUGCUUGCCGUCCUUUUCAUCAAAGCUCGACCCAACGGACUUCCUCUCCCCUCGCAAAACAAGAUCGUCCAAAACCUCCUCGAGAAUUACAUCCCCACUGCAAUCGCAACACUCAUAGAGCCAAUGUGGAUCCUCAUAAACCGCCUCCUGUGCCUGCUCCAACCGAUUGAAGCUCUCCAACGCUGCAACGCGCGGGCGAAAGAAUCCAUUGACCUCAACUACAGCUCCUUACCCCCGCAACUCGUGGUCUUCAAAGCUCUUAGCGCCCGUCAUUUCGUGCUGGCGGCUGUUUGCACAAUGGCACUUCUAGCGAACCUGCUCGCCGUUGCCUUCGCACGCCUUUUCUUCCACGACACAAUUGAGCUCCGGCAGCCCACGACUUUCCAGCCGCCUUUCCAGUUCAGGUUCGUGGCGAUCAAUGGAAGCGUAGGUCCAAUUGCAGGCUCAGCGGCGUUCGGGCCUGAGGAAUCUGGCGCGUUUCGAGGAGGGAAUGGGGAGGAUCAGUUCCUCAUCGCUGAAUCGAACUAUACGAGAGGAACACCGUUGCCAGCUUGGACGGACGAAGAGAUGUUCUAUAUGCCAUUCACAACUACGACUAGGGCCGAAGACACGAACGGGGAUCACUAUGAAGCCGAGACGAUGGCGUUUGGGGCGGAGCUGGAUUGUAGCGCUCUGCAAUAUGGCGUCGAUUACGAGGCCGCCAUAACCGUCGACGACCCCAACGUGCCCAUCCCUGCUGUGCGCCCAGUGCUAAAUACUACGCUGUCCAGCAAUGGAAAUACGACCAACUGCACGAGCAACCCGCUUCUGUACGUCCGACGUGGUCCAAUAAGCCUUGAGAAUGAGCAAAGAUGCCAGAAUGGUUCGAUUGCAUUAGAGCUGGUUUUUCAACUCGUUUCUCUGAAUCCAAAUGCUACACAAGAAGAACAGAACACCUGCAGGGGAUCCGUGGUGCUGGCAUGGGUCCGCGACCCGAACGGAUCCUGCGGGAAGAUACAAGAGAUGAAACUCGACGGUGGAAACGCGCUGUUUGUGCGAUGCCAACCUCGACUGGUAAAAGGACAGACGACUGUACGGGUGGACUCCUCGGGUCGAUUGCAGCGACAAGCUAGUGAUGCGGUUGUGAAGACGAACCUCUCCAACGACGACACGAAGAGCCUCUUUAGCAACGAUCCCAUCAACCUAAUCGGGCAAUCUAACAGCUACAUGUUCCGCUUCGCACAGACUGGCUGGCACAACGACAGUUUCGCAAGCGACUUCAUCAACUACUUCACGCGACGGGCGAGCAACAGCACCCGACUCCUCGACCCGAAGCAGCCCCUGCCGACCCUGGAAGACGUGCAAGGCCCGCUCUGCAAGGCGCAUUCGAACCUGUUCGCUGUGUGGCUGGGCGCAAAUAAGGACCGCCUGCUCGUACCGCGGAACCAGUCGAACGCAGUGUCUGCAUCCGGAUGGACAGUGGCCCAGCGGGAGCGCUUGUUCCUCUCGACGCCGUUGUUCGGUAUCGCGGAGGGCAUCCUCUGCACGUACGCUAUCGUCGCGAUAUUCGUCUAUGUGUGCCGGCCGGGUGAGUAUCUUGCGCGGUUACCGACCUCCAUAGCGUCUAUCAUUGGGCUGUUUGCGGCCAGUGCCGCGGUGCUGGAUUUGCAAGAUACUUCGCGGUUGGACAACAAAGCGCGGGCGGCGCAUUUGCAGAAGCUGGAUACGAGUUAUGGAUAUGGAAGUUAUGUUGGGGCGGAUGGACGGGUGCAUAUCGGCAUUGAGAAGGUGCCGUUUGUGAGGAUUAGGAGCGGGACGACCUGGCUGGAGAGGAAGCUGACAAACUUUAGCAAACGGAGCUGGGGGAGGAAGUAGUUAGAUGAAGCGUCUGUGAAAUGUCACUUUCUCC